AUGAUAAAAAAUAGAUUACUUUAAAGAAGUUCUUCUAAACUAACUCAAUCUUAAACAUCUUUAAUGAACUAAUCGAUAACUAUGUAAUCGACUAUUCAAUAUUUUUAGAAUUAACAGUAUGAAAAGAUAGUCAUCAAUUCUUUCAUUGGAUAAGCAGACUGAGGAGAAUGGCACAGCAAAACUAAUGAAAAGGAUUUCUUAGAAAUAGACUCAUGGAAGUAUGGAUGAUAUUUCAAGACUACUGCCUUUAAAUGAUAAUCUGAUAAAUGUUUAUAAUCAUUUUGAAGAUAACUUUAGAGUUGUUAGAGAAUCAGAAAAAUUCCAUUGUGAGGCACCUUCAACAGGUAAAUAGGAGAUUAUUUAAAUUAAUCCUUCUAAUAUCUUGAAAGUUGCUGAUGGUUUACAUUUAUGCGAUUUAAAUCCUGAGAAGCUAAAUCGAAUAUAGAUAUGCAGAUUUAGAUUCUAUUACUUUAGAGCCAGAGUGAAAAACAAAUUGAACCCUCUACAAAUUUAUUUUACAUUCUCAGAUAAAAUAACAAAUCACAUUUACAAAGUGUUUUUAUCAACAACUGUUGAAUUUCCAACAAAAUUUAAUUGUGAAUAAUCAACCUCCAGUAGAUCAAUCAAAGUGAAAACUAAAUCAGGCACUAAAUUUUUUAUUGAGGAUUUUAUAUACAUGACAUUAUAUUCUGAAUCAGACUUUAUUAUUGGCAUGCAUUUAGUUUUUGGAGAAUUCCAUAAUUCAAUUUUGAGUGCAAAGUAAUAAGAACCCUCCAGAUACUACAAAUUCUGGGAUGAAGAUAAAAAAAGCAUGUCACCAAAGAAAGAUAAAAUCCUUCAAAAUUUAGAUUAAUCUCGAUAUAAAAGCACUUAGAAACUCAAAGAUUUUUUAAGGGGAGCAGGUAUUAAUAAAAUUAUAUAAAAUGUAGAGGUAAGUGCAAAAAAGAUAAUAACAGUAGUGCAAAGAGGAAAGUAGAUUGAAAAAGAGAGAUAAGAAGAAAGAAGCAUUAAAAUGUUAGUAAAAUCAUAAAUUCAAGAGUUUCGCAAAGUUGAAAAGAGUAUUUUAUAAUAAAAAUUCGAUAAAUAACAAUAAUGUUAAUCAUGGCAAUAAAUGAUUUAAUUAAUCACAAUGUGUGGAUAGAUUUAUAAUAUUUUACAUGUAAUGAUUCUAAAUAAUUUAGGAAAGGAAAAGAAGGCUUAGAAUUUAAGCAAAAGCUAAGUUGAUAGUGUUAAGAUUGAAAGCUAAAUUAUUCAUAGAAGUCAAAUAAUUUGGAUAAAAUCCAUUUGACAGAUGCAGUAAUAAAUCUUUGCUUUUAUUAAAAACUAUGAGUAUGCAUUUGUAAGAACAAUCUAAAAAAAGAGCAUAAAAAAUCGCGACUAAUUUCCUGAAAAAAACACUCAUUUUUUAAACUGCAUUGAUUGCUCAUCAUAAAAUGGUGUCUAAAGGUAUGAUAUUUAUAAUGUAGUAAGAAUAAUUGUUAAGGUUUUUAAAGCUAAAAAGUUUUAGAAGCGUGCUUUUAAGGAUAGAUUUUGGAGAUUGAUUAGAAAUUAUUUUAAUGAAAACAAUGGCUCAUAACUCUUUGCCACGGCUUAAGUCAAAGUAAUUCAAAUCGAUAAGCCACUCAUGUCGAAAAUAAUCGAAUAAUAUAUUCAUAAUAGGAAAUUAUUAUGGUCGUAAUAAUAUCAAUAAAAUAAAAAUGGAGAUGAAAAAGUAACUCCAAUUCCCUAAGUAAGUAUAUAUUAAUUGCCAAAUGAUAAAGAGUUAAAAUAGAUAAUGAAGGAAUAUUAUUAAGUUUCGAAGAAAAGCAACUGA